AUGUUUGUGUUUAACCGAGCCGUGCUUACAUUGUUCCGGAGAUCCUACUCAUCAUCUAACAGCAGUUUUCUAUGUAAAGUGUAUGAGGAAGCUAAAGCAAGAUCUUCAGAGAUUGAAAAUGCCCAAGAAAUUAAUGCCCGAGGAGUUUUCGUAAAUAACGAACUCUCAUUACAGAACAUUGAUGUUUAUGGUUUUGACUAUGAUUACACUUUGGCUGUAUAUAAGCGGGAGUUGAACACAUUGAUUUAUAACCUGGCAGCCGAGAGGUUGAUCACUCAGUUUAAGUACCCUGAAGGCAUAAAGAGCAUACCGUACGACAUGUCUUUUGCUAUACGAGGAUUGCAUUUCGACAUUCAGAACUGUUGUUUUCUUAAAGUGGAUGCGUUCUCGCAAAUACAGAGAGGGACCGUAUUCCGAGGAACUAAGAAGCUAACGGAUGAUGAUGUCGUGAAGAUAUACAAAGGUUUCGGAUUGCCGGAUGUCAAGGGCAGAGAUUUACCACAGUUGAUGGAUUUAUUCUCAUUGCCUUGGGCUGGCCUGUUGUCUACAGUUAUAGAAUAUUUCGAUAAUAAUAAGAUAAGCUUUGAUCCAAAAUGUCUGUACGAUGAUUUAGCGGAAUGUGUGAGGCAAGUUCAUAUCUCGGGACAAAUGUAUGAACAUGUAGGCAAAGAAUUGACAACAUUCGUCCAUCCUAAUGUUGGCUUGAAAGACUAUCUGGAUUUCUUAUGUAGCAGCAAGAAAGAACUAUUCGUCGUCACUAACAGCCCCUUCAACUUCAUAAACACGGGAAUGACUUACAUGCUUGGAAAUGAUUGGAGGAAAUAUUUCAAUUAUAUAGUAGUUUCUGCUAAGAAGCCGACAUUUUUCUAUCGUAGUGAACCGUUCAGGUUAUACGAUGUUAAGUCGAACGCUUUACAUUUUGGAAAAGUUAAGACAUUAGAAACAGGGAACAUUUAUUCGAACGGAAAUAUCAAAGAGUUAUCAGAGAGGGCAGGCUUCGAAGGGAAAGGUGUUCUCUAUUUUGGAGAUCAUAUUUACACCGAUCUGGCAGAUCCCAUGCUCAGACUUGGCUGGCACACUGCUGCUAUUGUUCCGGAACUAGCAAGAGAAAUUCGCAUUCAAAACAGUAAUGAAUAUAGGUUUGAAAUCAUUUGGUUGGAGAGUUUGACGCAACUGAUAGAAAAAUAUCAAAGCUUUACCAGAGAAGAUCCGCUGUGCAAAGAGAUAUUGCAAGAAUGGAUGAAAGAGCGAUGUAAAAUAAGAGAGAACGUGAAGAAUAUGUUUAAUCCACAGUUUGGAUCUCUCUUCAGAACAUAUUUAUACAAGCCGGGUACCAAACUUAAUGAAGUAUGGCAUCAAUCACAGAUUUUAUCCGCGGCGAAAUGCUCUGCCGCAUGA